AAUUCUCAAAUGCCACAAAGUGGUCAAUGUAAAUGUGAAUCAAAAUAAAAAGAGUUUGGGGCUUGUCAGAGUCAGGAGCUGUAGAAGGACUAGAUGGAGCAAGAUCUCAGGGUUAAGAAAUGGGGGGAGAGGGUAAAAACAUGCCCUUGAAAGUGAGGCCAUGAAAGGAAGGAGGUUUGGAAGUGAUUAAGCAGAAUGCCAUCGCCAAAGACCGUAUCCUUGCUAGACAGGAGACUGUGCUUAUCUCAAGGCAGAUAUGGAAUCUCCUUUAAGGCCCAUCUCCUGGCACUUCGGAGUAACUGGGGAGCUCUGCCAGCAUGUGGGCGGUAGAUGAGAUGACCCACUUGAGUGUCUUGGUGGCCGAGUCAGCAGUACAUUUACUGGGCAACCAGAUGCCCUCAGCUCCUGCACCAGGCCCUCUUCUUUGAAUGACUGUUUCUUUUAACUUGUAUCCUCCCUUCCCCGCAGGGAACAUGGUGGAAUGGUGCUUACCUCAAGAUAUUGACCUUGAAGGUGUUGAGUUCAAGUCUAUGGCCAGUGGGUCCCAUAAAAUUCAGUCUGACUUCAUCUAUUUCCGAAAGGGGCCCUUCUUCGGCCUCGCCUGCUUCGCCAACAUGCCCGUGGAGAGUGAGCUGGAGCGUGGCGCCCGGAUGAAGUCUGUGGGCAUCCUGUCUCCGUCCUACACCCUGCUUUACCGGUACAUGCACUUCCUGGAGAAUCAGGUUCGACACCAGUUGGAGACGCCGGGACAUUACUCUCACCUGGCUGCAUUCUACGAGGACAAGAAAGGGGUGCUCCAUGCCGGUCCGGGGAGAGGCAGCAGCCUGCCCCCCGUCUACUGGCUGCCGUCCAUCCACCGAUACAUGUACCCCGAGAUGAAGAUCACACACCCAGCUGGCUGCAUGUCUCAGUUUAUCAAGUUCUUCGGAGAACAGAUCCUCAUCCUUUGGAAAUUUGCCUUACUGCGAAAGCGCAUUUUGAUAUUUUCUCCCCCUCCUGUCGGUGUCGUGUGCUACAGAGUGUACUGCUGCUGCUGUCUCGCCAACGUCUCCCUGCCUGGCAUCGGGGGCACCAUCCCCGAGUCCAAGCCUUUCUUCUAUGUGAACGUGGCUGACAUCGAGAGCCUGGAGGUAGAGAUGUCCUAUGUGGCCUGCACCACCGAGAAGAUUUUCGAGGAGAAGCGGGAGCUGUAUGAUGUCUACGUGGACAACCAGAACGUGAAGACGCACCACGACCACCUGCAGCCCCUGCUGAAGAUCAACAGCGCCGACCGCGAGAAGUACCGGCGGCUCAACGAGCAGAGGCAGAUGCUGCUGUACUCCCAGGAGCUGGAAGAAGACUACAACCCUUGUGAGGAGGACCUCUUCGUGCUGUUUUUCCUAGAGCAGAACAACCGGAUAUUUCAGACUUUGCUGGAGGUGUCUGCCAGUCAAGAUAAAACGCUGACUGCUGAGCAUGCCCGCGGCAUGGGUCUAGACCCCCAAGGAGAUCGGAGCUUUCUGACGGACCUGCUGGAGGCCUAUGGCAUCGACGUCAUGUUGGUCAUUGACAACCCCUGUUGCCCGUAGGAAGCGUGAACCAAGGCUGGCGAGCCUCUCUCACGUGGGUGUUUCACGCUGGGCCCCGGAAGACCUCAUUUUUUUUAAGUUGACGCAAAGGAUUAUGGUUUCUACUUUCCAACAAAUGUGAUUGUCGCAGUCUCCUUUCUUCCCUUCCUCCCUAGUGGUAAGACGAGACCACCUUGGUUUUAUGUCCUGCGUUUACGAUGUCAGAAUCUACCGCUUUCUCCCCGAACUGCUGCCUCGUUUGGUGAUCAGAGCAGAUCCUCUCAUCUCCUUGUUGGGUUACUUGAGGGGAUAUGGUGAAGGCUGUCUGUUACUAGGAGUGGCCCGAGCUCUGGAAACACGGGGGUGGACUUUUCAGAAAGUCUCCCAGAUUUUCAUCCCUUGAGGUACUGGAGAAUGAGAGAGCUGUCCCACGUGGCCUUGGGAGUGCAUCUCCUAGAGGUGGAAGCUAGACCUCACAACCCUUCAAGGUUCUUCUCCGUUCCAGGAAUCCAGUGUGGGGAUCAAAUCCCUUUUCCUGUUCACUAGGGCAAAUCUGUGUCUUCUCUGUUCAUGUGAGUAGAGACCUCAAAAGAGGAACAAAAGGAUGUUUCUGUCCCUAAGGAUGAGCUUCUCUAGGGACAGAAUGACAGGAAGAAGUUUCUUACCAGCCAGCUGGAAACUAAAAUUGUAGAAGGCAGCCUUGAAGCUUUCCUCAGUGUAAAUUAAUGGUGGCCACCCCACGUGAUAGCCCUUCUUUCCCUGAAUUCCCCCUUCUCUAGGGAUGGCCCUGGAGCCUGCAAGCAAAUUCAUUUUACAAUUUAGUUUCCUUGAAGGGCUAACUAUCCUUUUGGAGUGAUUUAGGUAUUUUUAGAGUACUGUUUGUUGCCCCCAACGAUAGAGCAGUUGGGGUUCAAACAGGACAGAGAAGACGUUUCUCCAUCUGAGAGUUCUCUGGACACAUCACUAGCAGAGCCUCUGGAUCAAAACGGAGAUUCACUGGGGAUUCUGUAAUCAAGCAAGGAUCUGAGCUGGUCACCCCGAGUUUGAAGCAAGACUACCAUUGGGAGCCCUCACAAAUUUCUCUUCUGCAGAGAUGACAUUCCUUGAGCUAUGUAGGUGGGGCCAGAGACUAACACCUGUGUGAAGAGAGCGAAUUUGACAGUGCCUUCGCCUAGGGACGUGUCGGGACCCCUGAGUGUCCAUGAUGAGUUCACCUGCAUUCCCCUGACAGGUUUUGGUCUGAGAUGAUUCCUGUCGGUCCCUGCCUGUCCUCUUCGGCCAGGCAUUCCAGGGAUGCCAACUUUGAUGAGACAGUAGUUGUUGCAACCCAGCUCUCAUGAGUAGAGUUUAGGUCUUUUUGGCCAUGGUUUAGGAUUUUGACUUGGGUUCCUGGGCUGUUGGUGACCGUUUCUUGCCUUUCGACCUUCUUGCCUGGCUGUGUCUUCGGCCUAGCCGUCCACGUAUCCAUGUCUGUGACCUGGUUCCAGCCAGGCUAACACACACAGCAGAGAAAGAACUUUCAAAUGGAUGGAUCACACGUCUUAUGUCAAGACUAGCUUUUUAGGGCUCAUUGCUUUAUUCAGAAAUAUUUUCACUGUAGCUCCUUGAUAACAGGAUUCAAGACUAGAGAAAUUCCCAUGUAUAAAUGCAAAUACGUAUUGGUUAAUCAAAGUAGUCUCUUUGAUGUAAAUAUAAGUUUGGGCAUUGAAAUGUAACUGUACAACUAAUAUUCUCUUCUCCUCUGCAGUGUGGGUUUAGCCAUCAUUUCAGUAACGUAUAUGUUUACAAACGAAGUUUCGCCACUUCUUUCCUUGAAGAGCAACCUUCUCUUGUCUCUGGGGAAGGAGCGGCCUUUCUGACCUGGGUCAAGUAAUGGUUACUUUUCGUAGUGUCCGAAGGCUCAAGGUUUUCGAAGUUAGGGGGUGGUGUGUCUGAAGCAGGGGUAGGGGUGACAGGAAAGGUCGGAUUCUCUCGGUGGACAUAGGCCCUCUUCCUUGGGACCCGAGGGGCUUGAUGGAGGAUGACGUGUUUAAGGACGUCUGCGCCCGUGCCUUCCUGCACGCAGACACUGGUGGUUCUGUGGCAUUGUAACGCCAUGCUCGCAAGUGCUUGUGUAGAGGUCAUAAGGUGAAAAUGAGGUUCUGGUAUUUUCCUUUGAAAGGGGGGUGGGGCUCCAGGCUCCUUUCAGCUCCACAAUCUUCCAGGCAGCCGAGUGGCCUGUCUGUGCGGUCCCCUCACACUCGGGCAGUGGGAUGGGGGUAGAGGGCGUGUACAAGCGAGCCUGGGCUCAGCUGACCCUAAAACAGACCUUCUCCCCCACCCACCCUGUAUCCCUUUUAAGAGAGAACCCAAGGACUCGGUCCAUCCCUUGCAGCUUCCUUCUGGGCCGAAGUCCAGCACCGCACGGCCUCUGGCUGGCCGAGCAGCAUGCCCGUUGGCUCUGUACCCCCCUUGGUCACUGUUCUCCAACCCCCGAGUGUCCCUUGGUCUCUUGUCUGGAUUGUGAUAUGGAGCCUCUUGUUUCUGAGGUCACCUUUGGACUGUUGAUUNUGAUUCCCCCCCCCCCCCCGGCUGGCUUGGUCCUCCUGAGACCUCAAAGCCCGAUCUAAGGCCAUGAGCCAUGUGCUCACCUGGAAACACUGCUGACCUGAGACAGCUGGGCUGCUGUCAUUCCUGAAUCGAGUCCGACAGAAGCCAGGUGGCAAGGUGCCUUAUGGGGCCAGGAAUCUGGGCUUAGGGUUUAUUGAUGUCUAGCAGAGUGUGAGAGGGGCCUAUUAAAGUGGGUUGUUUUCAGUGCGGCAGGCUUGGCAGAUGGUAAUAUUCAGCCUUGGAGAAAGUUGUGCUCUCGCGUAGGAUUCUCUUCAGGAGUCAGAAACGGUAGGAUUUAUCUCCUGUGAGAACCAACAGCGUGGGCCGGACGGUUGGUUUUGCGUUGAUGAUGGCUUUAGUCAGGCACGAAGCACGCCUUGGGCCUGGGGUAGCUCUGUUCCAGGGCGCCCCCUGGGGCCUCGUGCAGUCCUGGGUCAGGACUGCCGUGAACUCCAAGGCACUUGCCCCCCACCACUGACCCCCCUCCACCGCCCCGAGCUGUACCCAGCCUGGCAGCUCUUCUUCCGUUUGGCCAGGGAACGGGUGCUGAAUUCAUUGAUCAUGAUAGAAAUCAUUUAGCCCAGAAUUUGCAUCUAGAACUGACCUUGUUUUGUUCCACGUGAACAUCAAGAUGGGAAUUUUCAGGGUAGCAGAGGGCACAGACCAUUCUACAUACCACCUGUGCAGACUCAUCUGUCAGCAUAACUACCUGGUGUUUUAGCGAGAAGAUACAGGUAAAGACAAAUCCUAGCUGAGUGGCUGUUUUUCAUGCUGGUGGCUAUGAGGAUGAACUUACUGUCUUGAUACACCGAAAGCCCUUCCAACACAAUAAAAAGAUGAGAUUCCUCACUUUUAAACUGAGGCCUUUAGGAAAACUUGUAUAAAGGGCGGUCAUGAAUUAAACUUCUAAUGGUAGGACAGCAGCCCUCUGGGAAGAGGCAGGACCUCAGGGACCUUAUUUUUUUCUUUUUUCUGAAACUAGAUAGCCCAGGGAAUGGAUUGAGAUGUUCUCCACGUCCCUGUACAGACCAGACUUGCAGAACUAAGGGAGCGGGAGGGCGCUGAAUAAAUCCUAAGGCAGCGGUCAGCUUGACUGUGAACUUCGCUUCGUUAGGGCAUCUGUUCUGAAAUAGGCAAGAAAGUCAACCUGGGGACCAGUGUGUCACAUGGGGCUUUCACCUCCCUGUCGGGUUCCUCGCUCGUGGGCUCGGAAUCUGGGACGUCCAGCCCGAGAAUCCUCCCACCGCACCUCUCGGAUGUUCUUCAUGCCCUCUGGCUCCUGAAGAGCCAGAGGCCUCCCUCCGCUGGCCCGAGCCGUCCCUUCUCAUUUCAGGAAAACGCUUUGCUGAUUCAGGUAGGGGCAGAGGAAGGAGUGGAGGGUUCGUCUUACUCCUGAGUGGUGGAUUGUGGGUAUUCCAUUGUAAGACUCCUACGCCUCUGUUCCCAGGAGCCGCUAGGGCCCCGAGUGUUGGGAGAAAGACUAACUGUGAAUUAAUGUUUGUCUUAUAAGAAAUGGGAGUUUAUUUUUCUAUGGAUAUUACUAUGUGAUGAGUGGAGUGUGCAGAUGUUGAAAUGGAAGGAAAUUUCAAAACUAUAAGCCUUGAAGAAAUGUGCAGUUUUGUAAUUUGGAAGCAACUGAGACCCCAUAAGAGUUUAAUUUUUUUGAAUGUGAAUAAGGAGAUGGUGCUGUGAAGUCUUAACCACACUCUCUAGGAGAUGAAUGUCAGGGUCCUGGGGAGGAUGACACGGUCCUCAACCUUAAGGAAAAUUCUUGUACGAAGCGUGUAAACGUGAUGAUGAGGACUAGCGAGCCUCUUGCUGGAGCAGUGUGGUUUUAUAAUCCGGCACUUUCAUUCGUUUCUGGAGCCGGAAUACAGGGGCAGUUGAUGAAACUGCACAUUUAGAAAGUAAGAAUUUUCUAGUGCUUAUAAAUGAUGAUGGGGAAAUAAAGCCCUUUAGAGUUAUUCUAGAAGCUUAGCAUAACAUAGGCUGUUAGCAGAAUCAUAACCUAAAUUCAGAAAAUUUAUUUACUUACCACGGUAGAAGGAGAGGUAUGAUUACUUAUGUUGGUUGUAGAAUGCAGGUUUAGACUAACGAUACAUUUACUCUGCUUUUUUGAGGACAGGUGGGGAACACAGGGGUAGGUUAGGGCCUUAGAAAUUAGCCAGGGAUGAUCCACAAGGACAGAUCCACACAGUGGUCACUGAGUUAGCUGGUUGCAAAUACAUUUCAUUGAUGUUGGAGUGAAAACUUCCUUAGGCCAAAUCAAGCGAAGAUAAAAGUAGACAAAAAUCGUGAAGGCGGCAUCAGGAACAGUUUGUACAGAACGCCCCCAAAGACCAUCACAGGAGGGGUGUGGAUGCUGUGCUUUUGAACAGACUGGGUAGGAGACUUUAGGGGUAUAGAGCACAGGAAAGCAAAAUUAACCUCUUUUACCCAAGCUUGUUCACCAAAAUUUUUUUUGUUGUAGGUCUGAGAAAUAAACCUUUUCUGAAAAAGGCAUGGUUGUAGCGUUGGAAAAAUGGUUUUCCUAUUUUUCCCCAUUUAGGAUCAGCAUAGCCUCCCUGUCACCUUAAGUGUCAAACCCCCAUUUUUGAUUAAUACCCCAGCAUAAGAGAGCAAUAAGAGACACUGAAUCUAUUUUUGUUUAAAUUCUUUACCUCAUAGUAUGAAAUUAGUAAGGCACUUGAUCAUUUUACCCUGGAUGCUAGUGCACAUAGCUAUGUUCUGUUUGGAAUGGUAAGAAUUUUAACGGCCUAAAGAAAGUUGGGGUUCAUCCUGCCGCUAGGAGUAAAUGUUUAAUGGCUUUGGUUCCGCGGUACCAGGAACAGCCGUGUAUGUCCUAUCUGUAUAUAUCUGAGCCAAGCUGUGCGCAGAGAGGUUGAUAUAACUAUAUUUACAGAGUACAGUUUUUACAAAAUUAAAAUUCACAUUUUAACACGA